AUGUUAAAAUCUCUCAAGUUGGGCAUCACAAUUUUUGGUCUGGGGUUGCAUCUUGCAGCGGCGGCCCCAAGUACCCCGGGAUCGUCGUUGACUGCGGCUCUCGUCCGGGCACCGCCCGCGCUGUGGGCUCAGCCCAUUCUCAGUAGGGUAUACAAUGGCGUUGAUAUCAACGCCACGACUGAUCUCGGUGUCGAAUACAUCAAGCUUGCUUCUGAAGAAGGAGCCCAACUUGUUGCGUUUCCCGAGCUUUGGUUCCCCGGCUAUCCCCGCGGCAACGACGAUGAAUGGAUCAAGAAGUGGGCAUCGCAGUAUGCCGAGAACUCCAUCACCGUUGGGGACGCAAACUGGGAGAAGUUGAGAUUGGCUGCUCAGGAGUAUUCAAUUCAUGUUGCGCUAGGAUUUUCCGAGGGUGUCGACGAUGCUAUCUACAUGGCUCAAUCAUUGAUUGACCCGACCGGCAAGGUUCUCAUCCAUCGUCAUAAGUUUCGACCUUCUGGCGGGGAGCGAAAUAUCUGGAGCGAUGGCACUAUGGAUGCAUUCCAAGUUGUCAACACAACAUACGGAAGAAUUGGCUUGCUAGAAUGCUGGGAGCACUUCCACCCCUCUAUGACCUUCCCCAUGCAAGCCCAAGCGGAAGCCAUCCACAUUGCCUCGUGGCCUUAUACCCCGGACUACAACGAGCCCGCGGCCCUGGCGUUCGAAUCAGCCGAAGUCAACAUGGCCGCAGCUUCAGUUUACGCCGUAAACAGCGGCGCCUAUACGCUCGUCGCGACUGUAGGCCGGGCUGCAGCUUUUGGCCCUGAUGGCCGUGAAAUUUCCUCCAUUCCUGCUAGCAUCCCUGCGGAAUCUGCGCCGCUUUUGCUCGUCUCUUUGAAUACCACUGGCUUCUCCAGUUUACCUUCAUACAACGUGGAUGGGGAGCAAUCUUGGAGUACCCUUGAGCAAAUUCGUGAGGGUUGGCCACAGAGCGUACCUAAGGUUAUUGGAACAUUUACUGAACGCAAGUUUAACAACAUCUCAAGCUUCCCGUGA